UAAAAUUUUUCCCAAGGGUGACCGAUCACUCUGUAUAGGUGUGAUGCACAACUUUAAUUGUCUAUAUCUUUAAAAUUAUUGAGUAUCUACACCUAAUAUUUUGCACGUAUCAUUAGGAAUACGUGUACUAUCACCUUGCAAAUACUCGUUGAAAUCGGCGUGUCCCACUGGGGGGCCAUGUGGCUCCCUGAGAGUCCCGAAUCCCGAGCGGAGUCAGUCGCGCUGCGAGUGUCGACCGCGAAGGUUGUCGGAUUACGGUUGCGUCUCGCAGGUGCAACGUUCCCUUGCAUUUAUUCAUGUCGCGCCACGGUGAUCGCGCGAUCGACAUCGAUGGAUCGUUCGAGAAAAGGAAACGAAGUUCUGUCGAUCCAAUCGACCCUACACGUGAACAAACGACUGCUCGAGCUCGAUCUGGACUAUUUGGAAAGGAGAGGAGGCGAGUCAAUAUCCUGUGAAAACGCCGAAAGCGGAUCGAAAGAGGAAGAAAGCCCCGCAGACACUCUGGAUCGUAUCAAAGUUGUGUUUCUCGGUGCACCUGGGGUGGGAAAGUCCAGCAUAAUUAGGCAAUUUGUGUGGAGCGAAUUCUCCGAGGAGUACAGGCCGACCGAGCGCAGGGAGACUUUUUAUCCGAACGUGGUGCUCGCCAAUCGAUUCUACGAGCUGAAGAUCACGGAUCUACCGACGAUCCCGUACUUUCCGGUCAGCUCGCACCUCGAAUGGACGGACUUCCGUUAUUACGGGCUACGAAGUGCCAGCGCCUACGUGCUCGUGUUCGAUCUCAGCAAUCAGGACACGUUUCAGUAUAUUAGGACGUUACGGGAGCAAAUCUACGAAGCACGAGACAUGAGGGGUGUACCGUUAUUAGUGGUCGGGAACAAGCAAGACGAAUUGUCGCCGGCGGCUGCUACCGAAACUAGAUACAGGGACAUCGUCAAUCUCGUCCGGAAACACUGGCGGUGCGGCUAUGUCGAGUGCAGCGCAAGAUUCAACUGCCGUGUCGUACAGGUAUUUCGAGAAUUAAUGAAGAGCAUCCAAGCAGUCGAAGGCAGACCACCCUCGCCCCCGUCUGCACCCUCACAGCCGCUGCGAUCGCACCCCCACGACACCGGCGAAAAGUGUAUUUUUCUCUGACAUUGAAACCAAAGAAUCAGCGUGCUCGACUUCUGCGACCGUAUCAUCAGAAGAAGCUGCUUCUUUCCUUAUCACGAUGCAGGGUCGUAGUUAUCUUAAGUCGAAGACGAAAGACAAACGUAAACGGGGGGGUGGUUUAUUCAAGAGAAUCGCGAAAACCCUAAUGCGAAAGUUCAACUUCGCCGGGGAUCGCAGGGCAAACA